UGCGGGUAUUAUCGGCGGCCUGCUGGGCUGUGGGCUUCUCCAGCCUCAGGCCAGAACCGUUCUCUUGCCCUUGGGCACCAGAUUCUGCUGCAGAAUGAGAUGGUGAUGAGAAGGUGACUCCAAAACUUGAAUUUCUGAGGAUGAAGAUUCCCAUAAAAUGAUGUCAGACAGACUCUCAGUAAUGGAGCACACCACCUCUGAGUCUAGGGAAGUCCAUGAAACCAGAUUAGGGCAGCUGUUGGGAAACCCAGAAGGACAGAGCCUAGGGAGUCCCCCCUCUCAGGAUGAUGGCUUCAAGCAAGUCACAGUGACCCACUGGAAAAUCCAAACAGGAGAAACAGCCCAGACAUGUAGUAAGCCAGGGAGAAACCCUAUUCUGAACCCAAAUCUUCUUAUACUUCAAAGAGAGCUUAUAGAGGGGGAGGCCCAUCCUGGUGGUAUUUGUGGUAAAAGCUUCCCAUUUAGUUCAGACCUAGUUAGACAUCAGAUUUCUCAUACUGGAGAGAAGCCUUAUAAAUGUGAGGAUUGUGGAAAAGACUUUAGUCAGACCUCACACCUGGCAGAGCACCAGAGAGCCCACACUGGAAACAGGUUGUAUGUGUGCAAUGUGUGUGGGAAAGACUUCAUUCACUACACAAACCUUGCUGAGCACCAGCAGGUGCAUACGGGAGAAAAGCCAUUCCGGUGUGUUCAGUGCGGGAAAGCAUUUUGUCACAGUUCAGACCUGCUUCGGCACCAGAGAGUACACACUAGAGAAAGGCCCUUUGAGUGCAAAGAGUGUGGGAAAGGCUUUAGUCAGAGCUCCUUACUCAUUCGCCAUCAGAGAAUUCACACAGGUGAAAGACCUUAUGAGUGUAAUGAGUGUGGGAAAUCCUUUAUCAGGAGCUCCAGCCUUAUUCGGCAUUACCAAAUCCACACAGAAGUGAAGCAGUAUGAGUGUAAGGACUGCGGAAAGGCCUUCCGCCACCGCUCAGAUCUUGUUGAACACCAGAGGAUUCAUACCGGGGAGAGACCUUUCGAGUGUAAUGAAUGUGGGAAGGCUUUUAUUCGCAGUUCAAAGCUUAUUCAGCAUCAGAGAAUUCACACUGGAGAGCGGCCCUAUGUCUGCAAUGAGUGUGGGAAACGCUUUAGCCAGACAUCCAACUUCACUCAACAUCAGAGAAUUCACACUGGAGAGAAAUUGUAUGAGUGUGAUGAAUGUGGGAAGGCCUUCUUCUUGAGCUCAUAUCUUAUCCGGCACCAGAAAAUCCACACUGGAGAGCGGGUGUAUGAAUGUAAAGAAUGUGGAAAGGCUUUUCUGCAGAAAGCCCACCUCACGGAGCAUCAGAAGAUUCACACUGGGGACCGACCCUUUGAGUGCAAAGACUGCGGGAAAGCCUUCAUCCAGAGCUCUAAGCUGCUGCUGCACCAGAUUGUGCACACUGGGGAAAAGCCCUAUGUGUGCAGUUUCUGUGGGAAAGGCUUCAUCCAGAGGUCAAACUUCCUCCAACACCAGAAGAUGCACACUGAAGAGAGGCUAUACGAGUGUAGUCAGCUUGAGGAAGGUUGUACACCACCCCCUGACUUUAUCCACCAGGAGGGCCUUUCCCUGAGUGAGACUCCUACAUGUUUAGGCGAGAGGUCCACAGGGCAGGAGGGUCAUAUGGAUAAUUUAUGAUCACUGACUCAGAGAGUGGUAUUUGGAGAUGGGUAGAAUUAGGGUUCUUAUGGCUUCUAGGCUUUGGACGUGUCAGUUUCCUGAAUCAUGGAGGGGCAUGUUUGGAGUGGCCUGCUUCCUGCUACUGGACAGCUGGCCUGGAGCUGGAACGGGUUGGGGUAGAAAAGAUUCCUAGAUUUUAUUCACAAAAUACAACCCACUCUUAAGUUCAAUCCUUUCAAAGCAGAGCUGUGAAUUUAAUCUUAUUACUGAAAGAGGCUUGCAUAUUAAAGGCUUGAGAAAGAUUUUCUCAUGCAAAACCCCUAGUGGGUUUCCUGUUGUCCUGGGGAUGACCGCCGAACCCUCAUGUCCCAUGUCCUAAGGUUUUUAUCUCCUUGACUACUUAGUUCCCGGCCACAGUUGGUAUGUCCCACUUCUCACUCCACAUUGUUCUGCUGUGCUGUGCUCCAACUCAUCUCGCAAGGUUCAGGCAUCAUGUCAAGGAACAUUUCCCUUGCACUGAGCAAGUUUUCCAUGCUUUCAAGGCUCAGUGCUUAUCUGUUGUUAUUGAGUUAUGAAUUAUUAAUCACAGUUCCUUGAUAGUGAUCGUGUCUGACUGAUUCAUACAUCCCCGAUGCCUAGUGUACAGCCAUAAAAAACACCACCACAUCUGUGUAAUUCGCAGCUCUUUUUGUCCUUUCAGUAUUGCUAUUUUAAAAUUUUGGAAUGUUUUUCUUUGUGUCAUUAUGAUCUAUUCUAUUGGACAUAGCUUCUCUCCUAGACCUCUUUCUGCCUUCUGCUCCUGCCUGAGAGUUGCUGAAUCACCUGUCUGUAUUGGCUCCUCCCAUUGCUGCCUCAUCUGGAGCUGCCUGCUGUCCUGAGUGCCCCCAAGCACUCAAAGGGUGCACAGCCCCAGUGUACUGCACAUCUUUGUUCUAGCUCAGCAUGUCUUAAUCACUUUUCUUGUCAGUGAGACAUAAUAGCUGAUAACCACAAUUUAAAGGUGGAAAGGUUUAUUUUGGCUCACAUUUUCAGAAGUUUCAGUCCAUGUUCCACAGGCUCCAAGGAAGAAAUGGUAUAUGGUAGAGGGACUUAGAGGAGGAAAAUCGUUUAUGUCAUAGAGGCCAAAAAGCAGGGAGGAGCCAGCAAGGGUGAUAACAUCCUUCCAUGUUUGUCCCCAGUGAUCUGCCUUUAAUUGGGCCCCAAUUCCUAACACCAUACUCAGCUGCUGAACUUAUUAAUGGAUAAAUCCCCUGAAGAGGAUAGCAGCCCCAUUUUCCAGUCCCCUUCCCAAAGCCCCACCACUCAGCACAUGAGAAUUUUGGAGGAUAUUUUAGAUCUAGACCAUAAUACAGCAGCUCCAAGAUUGACUCAGCUCUUGACAGUUGCUUGCCCUCUGGCUCACAUUAUCACUUAUUUGAAAAUGUACUGUGUUGAGAUCUAUAAGGAAUAGUUCUGGAUAUUGGUAGAGCAAGAAUAAGAGACCAUCUGCCCUGCAGUGGUGGAGAAUAUAGUGUGGAAGCUGUGAUGGCAUGGUGAUUGAAGUGCCAGGAUAGAUGGAAUGUUAGGAGUGGCGCGGCAGUUCUGCGAAGACUUCAGCAGAGGUGAAACUAAAUGGCUCAGAGGCCAGUGGGUGCUUUUCCACCAGAGGAGAAGGGAUGAUCUAGGAGAGGAAGCUCCUCAGACACAGGCAGGCUCAACAAGCUGCGGCUUGGCAGCCUUCCCUGUGGCAGCUUUGGCAUAUGGGAAAGUUCUUUCAGCAGAACUGCUCACCCUGGCCUUUCAUUGUCUUUCAUAUGAAUGUUAAGCAACUAGCUUUGAGAUUAUUUUUUUUUAAUUACUUCUUUUGUCCAUGAAUCAUAUUUUGAGUUCCCAAUAACUCUUGAGGGAACAGAUAAUUCAAAAGUCCGUACAUUAUCCACUUUCUGAAAAAUCUACUAGAGAUGUUUCAGAUGGUAUAACAGUAGGUGUUAAGAGAACAAACAAUAAAAUGCCUACUAUUAAGUGUACAGAGCUUUGGAAAAUACCUACAGCUGUGUACCCACCAACCAUAGUUGAGAUAAAUUUCUUUUACCUAAAAGUUUUCUUUCCCUUUCCUUUCAGCCCAACCCCAGUAACCACUUUGUGCCAGUGUAAAUUAAUGUUUGUCCUAGAACCACACAAAUGUGGACUCGUGUACUCAAUAGUGUCUGACUUCAGUCCCUUCAACAUGGCUUUAGGUUCAACCACAUUUUGUGUUUUGGUAGUUCUCUUUGCUGACUAAUGUCGCACUGUAUAGAGAAAUCAUUUGUUAUUCAUUCAUCUGUUCAUGGAAGUAUGCUUUUCCAGCUUUGACUCUGAAGAGUAAAAUUUGCUGGUGUUCUGUAGUUUAGUGAUAGGGUCAUUCCCUGGCAUGCAUGAAGCCCUGGGCUCGAUCCUUACUAUUGCAAGAAUUGCUAGCCAGGUGUGGUCAUGUGUGCCUAUAAUCCCAUCCACUUGGGAGGCUGAGGCAGGAUGAUUUCAAGUUCUGGACC